ACCUCGGCCCUCGGCCUCAACAUCGGCGCGACCAUCGCUGUUGCGAACUCGCGUGCCGCUGUUUCGAUGGCUGAGAUCGGUGACACCAAGGUCGCCUUCUCGAACGUGGCGCGGGAGUGGCGGUGCAAGUACUCGCCGGGCGAGAGCGGCGGGCCUGGCGACUCAAAGUCGCUCGCCGCGUGCCAGGAGCUGCUUACCGAGUUCCUGCCCCGCAUCAAAGCACUGCCCAAGGCCUCGGUGACGCGGCAGGUCUGCGGCGGCUGCCUCGACUUCAAGGUGUCGAUCGUCCAGCCGCUCGACGAGCACGGAGAGUGGGCUGGCGCCGACUACAACCCGCUCGAGGAGGAGUUCCUUGCGAAGCUCAAGGACAUCGACGGCGUCUCGCAGGUCGAGACUCAGGAGAUCACCUUCGAGGCGCUCUAGGCUUUUUCGCGCUGGCAUGUGAGGCCGCGACUCGCGUGUUGCGUGGCCGUGUGUUGAGAGGCGCCGGGCACGCCACGUGGUCGCUACGGGCCAUCGUGUUUUGAUCUCUCGGUGAGUGGGCGCCCGCCCGCCGCAUCUGAGGGGGUCGCGCGGGCCCUUGGCCCAGCCCCCCCAAUUUUAUCGAAUUUAUUUCAAAAUCUGCAGGCGCGGAGCGCCUGCGAAAA